CGUUAGAGAACCAAGACAACUCUCCUGGUGGGCGGGACCUUUCCCUUACCUGGGUAUAAAGAAAACGGAGACCUGAGCCUAGAAACAGAAGACUACCUGACCUGACUCGUCCAAGUUCAAGAGGAGAGAGAAAAAUCGACAAAACAAAACAGAAUGCAGUUCGUAAUGAUCGUGUUGGUUACUGCCCUGUUGGUGGCGAGUGUCAACUCCUAUCGACCAUCGUUCAAUCCUAUCAAUUUUGGAGGUGCAGCGUAUGACUCUGCUUAUCGCACUGGUGCCUUUCCACACAGGAGAUACUAUGGAGGCCACUUAGGCAGACCAACCUAUGGGAACUUUGGUAGCCAAUAUCCUAGACCGUCUUAUGGACAGUUUGGAAGCCCUUAUGUUCCAAAUGGACCCGUGAAUGGACAACCUCAAGGAUUCUUCCCAGGUGGCGAACCCAUUCAUACGCAAGGAUUUGUACAACCUAGUGUCCACCCAGCGGGAAUUCCUUCGGUGCCUUCUUCAGGACCCGUGAGUCACCCAGCACUGGGUCAGAAACCUAUUCAUGCGCAGGGAGGGAACGUGCAACCUGUAGCUUCAGGAAUUGCAGAUGUCCCUCUUAAAGGAGGAAAUACAGCUGGUCCCAUUCAUGGCCAAGUGGCAGGUGGAGUACCGUCUGUGGAGAAACAACCCGAAGGUAUUCCCGCAGGUUUUACCCCAUCAUUGACCGAAACUGCUGUCAAACCCAACUGCAAAUUAUUUACGAAAGAUCCAAAUGGAAAAUAUAUUUGCGACAACGCCCAAGUUCCAGAAUCUCCAGUUGCCUUUCAGUGCCCCGCAGUUACGCCCAUUUGCCCCAAGCUCGGGGAAAGAAUAACGCCACAGCAAUGCGAAAGUGACACUGAUUGUGGAGGUUUUGGCCGAUGCUGCCGUGAUGCAUGCUACGAAAACUCCAUCUGCAAAGCAGCCUAAUAACUCCUUCAGAUUCCAGUUCGCAAAUUUCCAUUCAUGUCAUUUGCAUUAUCAACUCUGUCAUUUAUUUUUUUCAUACAAAAUUCUGUUACAUGUGUUUAUCGUACCAUCAUUUUGUAAAUAAAACUCAUUAUCAUUA